ACUUUAUCCAUCGUGUUACGGAUAUUACUACAAAGUUUUCGGCACUGGUACAAAGCUUAUUGUGUCAGACAAAGGAAAUUCUGGACCAGAGAAUUCUGAAAUCCUGCAGAAGGAGCACAAAAACCAACUUGUGUAUGUUUGUCUGUUUGAGAAAUUCUACCCAGAAGUUGUUCGGGUGAAAUGGAUGGAUGAAGCACAAAAGGAGGUAACACAGAACGUAGUAAAAGGAGAUGUCUGGAAGUUUCCAGGUGAGGAGAAGUACUCAGUCAGCUCCUGGUUAUCUGUACCACUGGAGGACAAAAACAAGAAAUAUUCUUGCCAUUUUGAGCAUGAAAGUGGAGACCAGUCACUGCUCACACAUGUGCUUUCUUCAGAGAGCUCUCUUCAGAAGAACUGUAGCACUGAAAACAGCACAGUUUUUAACAGAGAUCACUUGACGCACAAGGCAGCGCAGUUGGUGUACGUUGUUCUGCUUCUGAAGAGCUCCAUGUACUAUGCCAUCGUACUCUUCUUCUUCUUCAAGUACAGAGCAAGGAAUGCAGCCAAGCCCUCGGGAAAGAGAACAUAAAUACUGGGUUUGGAAAGGUUUAUAAGAUUGUCUUCAAUUUGCUUUGCUGUAUAAUUAUCCACAUAGGUUCUCCUGCUCUCCAUGCUAGAUACAACAACAGAAACAAUCCUAGGAGAACAGGCAUAUAGGGUUUGCUGUGCUUUACUGCUAGUGUUUUCCUAACUUUUUCUGAGUAUUGAACUGAGGUGGAGGUGAGCAAAAAAAAUAAGUUUACAUAGGGUUUUAGUAGGAACUCUGUAAUACAACAUGAGGAACCUCCUCCUGCUUAAAGUAUUUUUGCAUGCAUAGGAGUAGAGGUGUAAUGGAGCUUUCAAAACAUAAAACAUUGAUGCAUUUUAUCAAAGCAUUUUAGGAUCAGUUAGGAGCAUUCCACUGCUGAAAACGCAUUGAUGCUUUUUUUAAUUAUUAUUAUUUUUUACUUUCAAUGAUUUAUUGCAAAAAAUAAAUCAAGUCCACCAAAUCAGGACUUGAAUAUUCUGAAGCGAUAAAUGCUUUAAAAGACUCAGCAAGGCAUGAUUUUUGAAAGCAAAGAUAUUAUCUUUUAGCAAGUUUAAUGACCAUAAAAGCAAUUUUAACGUGCAUAUCUAUAGGAAUUUAAGAAAUUCACCAGGCCACAGGCUAGCACUGCUGCACAAACUGAAAACUUGCAUAUCGUAUCUUCAAAGGUACAAAACGAUCGCAGUUAUCACCUUGUUUAGAGAAAUCUUUUCAAACUCAGCAAAACCUUACAGCUGGUGCUUCAAUAGAGAAAGUGUUCUCACAUCACAAGAAAACUCUCAGAUGCUGUACUUUGAACUCCUCAUCUCCAGGUUUUGCUAAUUUAGAGCUUGUACAAUUUGGAGAGGAAUGCCUGCACCAAACCUGUAAUGAUGUAGAGCAAUAAAAGCUUCCCUUGAGAGGCA